CGAUUGGUCGGGGGAGACAGUGGUCGCAGGCACCGGCUCGCUCGACUUGCUGCUCGACCUACCUCCCGCUGCCGGAGAGGCGGUGCGGCGGAGCGGAGAUCUGACGGCGAUGUGGGGCGCGGCGCAGGAGUGCCACCGCCAGACGCGAGCUUGGAUCGAGCAGGGCUGGGGCCGCGAGUCGCUCCUCCUCUUCUCGUGCGGUUGGGAGUUCAUGAACAUGAACCGCGUGGUCGAGCUCGGGGCGCAGGACCGCACCACCCUCGGCCGCGCCUACUCCGCCGGCGUGUCGAACGUGGGCCGGUUCGCGCACGCGACGGCGCACGGCGACCUCACUCUCGAGCGGCUCCACUUCGGCAUCUCGCAGUCCGUCUCCUCGCCCGCCAUCUCCACCUCCGCCGCGACGGUCGGCGGCACGCUCUGCCUCACCGUGAGCUACCCGACCCCCAUCUGGAGCGACGCGGCGGCGGACGAGUACGCGGACGGGCUGGUGCGCCUGCUCGAGCUCGCGGCGGCGGACGGAGAGGCGGGGAGCGGGUGAGGGCUCAGUGUCCACUAAGAAAUCCCAAUCGUCCUACGUCCUGUCUCCCCUAGUCAUGAAAUGUCGUGAACAAGACUGAA